UUACCUCCCGGGGAUUAGACAAUCACAAAAGCUGAGAAAUAUUUAUUUGAAAGGAAUGAGGAUCCUGCACUCUACCCCUCUCAGUAGGUAAAAGCCAGUUCCUGGGAGGCAAGAAUCAAAAUGUCUACAAAGGCAGAUAUCAGGGAUACAGUGGAAGAUAUUUCCUAUGAUGGCAACUUAAACAUGGCUCAAGAACAAUCCUCCAGGAAAGGUUUUUGUUCAGUACGGCAUGGGCUGGCCCUCAUCUUGCAGCUCUGUAAUUUUUCAAUUUGCACCCAACAAAUGAACUUGAGUAUUGCCAUUCCAGCUAUGGUAAACAACACAACCCCACACAGCCAGCCCAAUGCCUCCACAGAAUGGCCCUUGACUGGCACCCAAGACUCCCAGAAUGAAACUCUAAAGGAAUUUAAGGCACUGGCCCCCACAUACAGCUGGAGUCCUGAAAUCCAGGGAAUCAUCCUCAGCUCCCUCAAUUAUGGUUCAUUCCUGGCUCCAAUCCCCAGUGGCUAUGUGGCUGGCAUAUUUGGAGCUAAGUACGUGGUUGGUGCUGGCUUGGUGAUUUCCUCAGUCCUGACCCUCUUCAUUCCACUGGCAACCAAUGCUGGAGUGGCCUUGCUCAUUGUCCUUCGGAUUGUCCAAGGCAUAGCCCAGGUUAUGGUAUUAACAGGUCAAUAUUCCAUUUGGGUCAAAUGGGCUCCCCCGCUGGAAAGGAGUCAACUCACCACCAUUGCUAUAUCAGGGUCAUUGCUGGGGUCCUUCACUGUUCUCCUGGUCGGUGGUCUUCUCUGCCAGACCAUGGGAUGGCCUUAUGUCUUCUAUAUCUUUGGUGGAAUUGGCUGUGCUUGUUGUCUUCUCUGGUUUCCUCUCACUUAUGAUGACCCCGCAAAUCAUCCUUUUAUCAGUGCCGGUGAGAAGAGAUACAUCAUGUGUUCACUAGUUCAAAAGGAUUGCUCGCCAAGCUGGUCUCUUCCCUUUAAGGCUAUGACCAAAUCCUUACCACUUUGGGCCAUUGCAGUCUCUUAUUUCUGUGAAUACUGGCUUUUUUAUACCAUCUUGGCUUACACACCAACAUACAUCAACUCUGUUCUUCAAGCCAACCUCAGAGAUAGUGGGAUCCUGUCAGCCCUGCCGUUUGUUGCUGGCUGUAUCUGCAUUAUCCUUGGAGGUCUAUUGGCAGACUUUCUGCUCUCCAGAAAAAUCCUCAGACUCAACACCAUCAGGAAACUCUUCACUGCCAUUGGGGUUCUCUUCCCAUCUGGGAUCCUUGUGUCACUGCCUUGGGUCAGAUACAGCCACAGCAUGACCAUGACCUUCUUGGUAUUGUCUUCUGCCAUCAGUAGCUUCUGUGAAGCAGGAUCCCUUGUUAACUUCUUCGAUAUUGCUCCUCGGUACACUGGCUUUCUAAAAGGACUAAUGCAAGUUUUUGCACAUAUAGCUGGAGCCAUCUCUCCCACUGUUGCUGGAUUUUUCCUCAGUCAGGAUUCAGACUUUGGUUGGAGAAAUGUCUUCUUGCUUUCAGCUGGUGUUAACAUAUUGGGCCUGGUCUUCUACCUGAUCUUCGGCAGAGCAGAUGUGCAGGACUGGGCUAAAGAGCAGACAUUCACCCAUCUCUGAGCAAACUGAGAGAUGCAUUAGAUUCUGAUGCUUAGCUGCUCAUUUGUCUUCCUUCAUGGACAUUCCCCUUUCAUGCCUGUUUGACUGAUUAGACGUUUA